AUGGCAAGCAACAACAAUGCGGCAAGAAAAAAGAUGUCCUUGGAGGAAUUCUUGGACGAUAAUUCAUUGAAUGAUUCAGCGUGGAAUGAGGAUGAGAUUGACCUAAAUGCGAUAAGUACUACUUUGAGCAAUACUACUUCGUUAGAUUUAUUAAAAUCCGCGUCGAUGGGGGGCCAUGGUGGUCAAAACAACGGUGAGUACGGGAUGGGGUUUUCUAAUGGUCAUCACCACCAUGGUUCGAAUAGACAAUAUGAUCCUCCAUAUAUUAUCAAAUUCUCUAAUUUACCAAGUAAGUUUUCUAAUUUUGAGAUCGAGGAUUUGUUCCGUACUAAAUUUACUCGGUUUGUAAAGUUCAAGAUGUUUUGGGAGUUGAAUAAAAACCCUCCUUUAGACAGUGGUAAUGUGUUUGAUAAACACUUUACUAAGGCCUCGAAGGUUGCGUUCGUUGAGGUUUAUUCGUUUAGGGAUAUGGACAAGGUUAUGAGUCAAUGGAAAGGGCCAUUGAUGGAACUAUACGGUAUCAAAGUAGAUCCAGCUGAGUUUUCUGAUUUCCAAAACUAUGGUAAUAAGAAUAGUCUUUUGUCUCCUUCUUUCCCUGAUGCAUCAAAACCUUAUCUAGGACCCUCGAAAACUGAUACUUAUAAAAAGCCUACCCAGCCCCCCAAACCAAAGUCCAAUCCAUUCGGGGAUGCUAAACCGGUUGACACUCAGACUAAAAUUCUAAAGAUAGAGGAAACGGUUGAGAAAUUCCACAUUGAGGAUACUUCUGCCUUGAGGAGGAUUUCAUUUGGACAGACGUCACCUCCAGAUCUCAAAAAGGUUACUAUGCUCAAGAGAAAUCCGAAAACUAGUGGUCCUAAUAAUGUAGGGGAGGAUGAGGGUGAAGAAGAUGAGGAUGAAGAAACUAAGAACAAACACACUCAUCAGAAAAGCGUUCCCAAUAGUUCUAAAGAUAAGGAAAGACAGUCAACCGCCGAGACUCCAAAGUUAAAGUUUUCGGAGGUUUUGCAAAAAGCUGCUAAUGAGAAGGAUGUCAGCCCUGUAGCUGCAGUUACACCUUUGAAAACAUCUGGUCAAACUUCGAAUCCUUCCUCAAUAUCAAACACUCCUGCUCCUACUCUUGAUAAAGGCACCAGCCCUAUUGUCGAACCAGAAGUAGAGCAGCGUACUGAUGGAUCUAACGUAGCUGGAUCAUCAGCUUCGAAGUUUGUUUUCAAGGAUGGAGAAGAUGGCCAGAAUAGGUCUAAUUAUCACCGUGGUGGUCAUAAGGGCACUCUUCGUGGGAGAGGCAAUGCCUUACGCAGAGGCGGCACGCGCGGUGGACAUAGAGGCAACUAUGAAGGAAGAGGUAACUACGAAGGAAGGGGCAACUAUGAAGGUAGAGGUAACUAUGAAGGUAGAGGUAACUAUGAAGGUAGAGGUAACUACGAAGGUAGAGGCAAGUACGAAGGUAGAGGUGGUGGCCAUUUCUCUCGCUAUAGAGAAAAUGCUGCCACUGAUAAUCCUAAUGGAAGCGAAAAUAAUGUUAGGCUUCAAGAUCGUAUGGAAGGCGACGUUAACGCAUCCGGAAGGCACUACGCCAAUAAUGGCAAUCGCCGUCAUAGCAAUGAAGGCGGCCAUAAGGGCCAGAGUAUGUACUCACUAUUCCGUCCAGCUGCAGGUUUCUUAAUGGGCGAUAGUGGAAACAAUGGCAAUAGUCAUAAUAGAGAUAACAACAGAAGCGAGCGUGGUGCACGUGGUCGUGGCCAUGGUCGUGGUCGCGGGGGUCGUAAUCCUCACUGA